AUGUCAUUUCAGAUUGGUGAGGAGAAAAUGUUGGAAAAUUUAGUUGCUUGGGUUCUUAACAAUUAUGUAGGAGAAUAUUUAGAAAAUUUGAAUACCGAUCAGUUAAGCAUAGCUUUGUUGCAAGGACAGGUUGAACUGGAAAAUGUUCCCCUGAAGAAGUCGGCUUUGCGUAAAUUCGAUAUUCCACUAAAGGUAAAAUCUGGCUUGCUUGGGAAACUUACCCUAUCAGUACCAUUAACUCGUUUGCGAAGUGAACCAUGGGUUAUCAAAAUGAGUGAUUUACUGGUACUUCUGGAACCAUCAACAUCAGUUCGGUACGAUGUUGAGAAUGUAGAAAUCUAUGAGCAAGCUAAAAAGGAGCAGCAAUUAGAGGAUCUAGAAAAAUACCAUAAGAGACAAUUACUAAGUUAUUGGGGUUUGCCUAGCCCAGACAGUGCAUCGGAACAAAACUGGUGGGGGGCAUCAUUAGUAUCAACUAUUGUCAAUAAUAUUCAGUUAGUUCUAACUAAUGUUCACAUACGAUAUGAAGAUGAUGUAACAUUAUCGAACAAUAUACCAUUUGUUUGUGGUGUGCGUAUACAUAAUGUCAGCAUGCAAACUACAAAUUCACAUUGGGAAACUGGAUACAUGCAACCACGAGAUGGUGUAAAUAUGUUUAAAAAACUAGGGAUAGAAGGUUUAUCAGUGUACUGGAAUUGUGGGCAGCGAGUCACUGGAGAAAUCAAGAGCUACAUGGAUCUUCAGUAUAUGAUGGCACCAGAAAUCAGUAAAGAUAAUGUGUGUAUCCUUCAACCGUUCAGUGCUCAUUUAUAUAUGGAAAGAAAUACGAACAAAUUUCCUUUGAAAACAUAUCCUUAUAUUCCUAGAUUUAAGUUUAAUUUGUGUCCUGAGAAAGUUGUAAUUGAACUGACAAAACGACAACUCUUGGAAAUGAGUUCAUUAGGAAAAGAAUGGGCUCGGUUUGACAGGUCACGACAACAUCGAAAAUGGCGGCCACUGACCACUGUUGGUGAAAAUGCGAAAGAAUGGUGGAAUUUUGCAUACAAUCGUGUACAGGACCAAGAAAGGCAAAGAAAAAUAAGACAUACUUGGAGUUUUGCUUAUAAUCGUGCAAAGCAACUGAACUCAUAUUGUCGAGCUUAUCGACGGAGGUUACUAUCUUACUUGGAGACAUCUGCAAUCUCCGCUAGUGGUCAAUCGAAUAAAUUUAAUGAAAGGUAUGAAACCUCACAUUUUGGGAAUGCUUUUGGCCAAAAUUAUGGUGCGGAACAUACGGAAGAAGUGGGAACAAUUACAACUUCAUCAAAUUUAACAACCACUGCUUCUUUAAGAAGAUCUGCAAACUCCGAGGAUUUAAUUUUGAUGAAACAAAUCGAAAGAGAUUCCAAUUACACCUAUCAUGAAUUACAAUUGUUUCGAGAAACGGUAUACCGGCGGAUCCUUGCUGAAAAGGAAGCACGUCUAUGUAGUGAAAAUGGACUGCAGUCGGAUGAUGAAAGUUUUGAAAACAUCGGCUUUCCUGUAUUUCGCAGUGACUCAGAUACUGAUAGAACAACCAGUAGUAAUCAUUCGCAUUCUGAAGAAGGAACAAAAAAUUCUGGUGGUGGAUUAUACAGUUGGUUGAGUAGUUGGAUAUAUGGUCCACAAAAAGAGGAAGCAAAAUCAGAAAAAAAGGAUCAUUAUGAAUCAAUGUUCGAUAUGUUAUCUACCAAUGAAAAAGAAAGCUCUUUUUCCACAGAUUUCAAGCUGCUUGAAAAACAGGUUGAAGAUGAAAUUUUGGAUGUGCUGAACGAGAGCAGGGAUGAUUCAACUAUACUACAUCGUGAUACUCUGCUAGCGGAAGUAAAAUUGAAACUUGAAAGGAUGACAAUACGUUUUAUAGAGGAUUUUGAGAAUCGAAAAGAUGGAAGUACGCGAGUGCUAGCGAUGGAUCUGUGGCAGUUAGCAAGCUGUGUUCAUCUUAGCCCACGUCGCCAUAGUACGGCUGUGUCACUUUCUGUUAAAGAUUUGAGUCUGCAAAGAUUAUGCACUUUCCCUGCGGAAGAUACAUUAAUCGACAAUACGCAAGAUGACGAAACUGAUAGACAAGAAAGCGAAUCGUUGAUGUUUGGAUUUGCCAAAGAAACAACUCAAAUCUUAUUUGCAAUUGGGAAAGCUGGAAGAACUAGUAAUCGAAAUACUUCAGAGUAUACCAAAAGCAAUGAUUUGAACGAUGCACUUUUCCGAUUAGCAUACCAUCGUCGUGCUCCAAAGAUGACGGUGACACACACGCUUGAUGUAAAAUGCAGUGAAUUAUCAGUACUGUAUAAUGAAGGUGCUUUUGAUGAUUUAGCUACCUUUUUCAGCGAUAAAAGCACAAUAAAACAGGAUAAAAAUUUGGAUCCUAUAUUGAUGGAAGUUAUCACUGUCAUUGACUUCGUUAUUCAUUGUCCCCAAAUAAAAGUGGAGUUGCGUAGCAAACGGGGGAAUUUAUUAGAUCGAAAAAAGAAAUCAGCAACGUCGACACCGUUUGCUCUGGGUGAUAUGAGGGAUUUAGUUGUUGGAAUAACAAACAGAGAACAAUUUAUUACAACGGUUAAAAUUGAUUUUGGUUCGUUGGAAGUUAAAGAUUUGUUCGAGCCGACAAGCGAUGAAUUAUUAUGCAUAAGAAGUCAAACUUCUCUUAAGAAACAAAUGUCUGUCUCAUGUCCAAGUUUGAAUGUUGACGACUUACGGUGCAAAUCUUCUUUAUCUCAGCGACGUAUACGCAGUCUCAGCGUAAAUUCACUAUCUACCACCGUGGAUAAUAGUAAAAAUGAGAGAUUGGGAAGCCCGCAGGAGAGUGCUGCUUUCAAUAGUACUGCAUUAAAGAAUAUUGACGUUGUUGGUGCAUCUCAUUUCACUUGUCUUUUAAUUGGUAAAGAACACCCAUCUUUUGAAUCUGAGUAUAAAAAAGUAAGCUGUUUGAUAAACAUGGAUGUACCAAAAAUAGAAAUAUGUAUGAAUCGGCGGAGUUAUACACUAUUGCUCGAUUUUUUUGGCUUGUUGGAACCAAAAGCGGAACUUCCAGAAGACUAUAUCGAAAUUCAAGCUCGUCCAUCUGCAGCUAGUACAAAUAUAGCUUUACAAGACCUAGAACCAUAUAACAUGAAAGUUAAAUUUAAUGCUGGAUUGAUACAAAUAGUGAUGAAUUAUCCAACAAAUAAAUGUCAGUUGGGUGUAAUCCGAGCAGAGGAAGUGUUUAUGAUUGCGGAGGCAAGGAUCAAUGACAACGAAGUACCACUGGAAAUAUCGCUAUCGCUGGGAAAUUGUUCAUUAUCGGAUAGUACACCUUUUUAUUCAGAAUUGUACAGUGAACGUGUUAAUCUUCGAGCGUUACCAAAUAAAAAGGAAGAAGUGGAACAAACUUUUCAUUCAGAUGACGAAAAUCAAAAACAUAUGUUACCUUCUCGCACAACUCUCCAUAUUACCAAGUGUCUAUGUGCCACAUCAGCUACAGCAAAGGGAUAUGACGCAAGUAUUAUGUUACGAAUACCACCAACAGUUAGCAUAUCAUAUGUUCAUACACAUCGUUAUUUUAAUGCAUUAUUGGAUUUUUGGCAGCAUUUUAUAGAGCUACAGAAUAUUGUCAUGCGAAAUAACAUUUCAUCUCCAAACAUUCAAAUGAACAAUGAUGUGCGAAGCAGGAUAAAGCUAAUUUGUGAAAUUGAAUGUCCGUGCGUUAUUGUCCUUCCACUCAAUCAAUUGUCUAAUCAAGUGCUUCUCUGUGAAACUGCUAAUAUUCGUAUCAAUAAUCGAUUCCAAUUAUCAUCUUUAAUUCCUAAGUUUCAGGAUUUCGAGAUUACGAAUGUUUUUGAUGAUGACGAUCACGAUUGCUGCAUUGACUGGAUGUCAGUAGUUUGCACUGAAACAUCACUUUAUGAAGGCGUAAGGGUAUCAAACACCAAGGCUGGAGUUCGCGAAAUACCAGGUUAUGAAAGAGUGUGCUGCGAUAUGUUUCAGCAUUUUCAUUUCUUAAGUUCGCGAAAAAGUGUACUUUCGAGACCUUGUGAUUUGUUAAUAGAUAUUUUUCGAAACUUGGAUAUUUUUGUUUCUCACAGAGUACCAGACGUAGUAAUUACUACGUCGCUCGCCAACCUAAAUGUCAAGUUAACCACUGAGUUUUAUCGAUUACUGCGCGGCUUCUUAUCGAUGAACUUAGGUGAUGCUUUAGUCCUCGCAUCAGAAACAAUACCCAUCGAAGUUUUGCAAAAACCUGCAGAAUUCCAUGCAAUUAUUGGAGUGAGCAGUAAAUAUGCAUCGUUUUCAUUUCGAAUGAUGCUCGUAAACGUUGAAUUUAAUUGUUUUGUGCAAUGUGAGAAUUCUCAAGGAUUUGUACCAUUAGCUGGAGUGAAAUUGAAUUCCUCACGCAUAUCAUUUGAUGUCUAUAUCGAUAAUCAGUCAGAACUGGAUUUAAUCUGCGAAAGUACUGAACUAAUCGACAUGCGUUUUUUUGAUAUGGAAUUUAAUAAUAGAGCGAAUGUUUUUAAUUCAGUUCUCUUUCCGUUACCCAAAGUGGAUUCAAAUAGAAGUAAACUUAUGUCCGAAGCUCAUAUUGUUUUUAAGUGUGAUGAACCACCAGUAAUUACAUUGGUCCUAUUAAAUGCACGAGUGCUUUUGCUACUAGAUUGGCUUAAUGAUGUGAAAAAUUUUUUCCUUCUUCAUUCCGACUUCAUACCGCCAGUGGAAGAUGCAUAUCGAGGCAUUGUGCGCACAACGAAAUUAGGAAUUAUGGAAAGAGAUCCACAAAUUCAUGAGUCUGUGGAACAAACUUUUUCUUUAAAAAUCACACUAAAAGAAUGUGAUUUAAUACUUCUUGAAAAGCCAGAAUCUCUGCACAGUUUGGCUCUUGUUGCUCACACUACUGCUGUCUUGAAUAUGAACGAUGCACGCAAAUUGUUUAAUGUUAAUUUAGAGAUACAGCGAAUAAACUUGGACUGGUUUAUGAUGGCAUCUGAAAGUGAAAGCAGAUGUCAAUUAACGAAUGAUUUCUCGAUGACAAUCAGCCUUUCAGUGGAAAGUGAUACAGAUGUCGAAGGGCAAUCUCCAAAACUUGGACUUUCUUCAAUUAUUCCCAUUAAACAUCAGCUUGUAGCUGAAAUUAGUGAUAUGGUGGCUAGGGUGUCAUAUCGAGACCUUCAUGUAGUGCGGAAUGUUCUCACUUCCUCACUAGAGAGAUUGAAUAAAUCGCUGGAAAAAAGUGCUGUUCGAAUACAUGAUCCUUAUUUGGCUGAAAGAGAAGGCGCAUCAAUCACUGUUUUCCGCACAAUCAUGAAGGGCAGUCAGAUUUCCUUUUGGUUAAUGGAUGACCAUCAAGGAACAGUUUUUCCGCUUAUUCGAUGCAAGUUUAAAAAAUUUUGUUUAAAUCGAUAUCUGGAGAAGGUUAAUGGCUCUUUCACGUUUGUUGCGGAUUAUUUCAAUCAAAAUGUUUUUGGUUGGGAACCAUUAAUUGAAGAUUGGGAGUUAAAACAACUAUCGGUGUUUGCUAAGAAGAACACGACAGUUAUAGACAUUUUUGCUGGUGAAUUCAGUACUUUUAACGUCAAUAUCACUCAAGCGUUUUUGCGACAAACAGUACGUUUCAGUUUGCAAUUGUCUGAAAUCAGACAUUCUUUGGAUGAAGAUUUUCGGGGGUCAUGUGUUCGAUCAAGAUCGGAUCAUCUUCCUUAUAUUUUGCACAAUGAAACCGGUUCUAGUCUGCGUUUCACAACAGCUACUGACGAAGUUCUAGAAGCUAGAUCUAUGCAAAGGAAGUCCACAGCCAAAUGGUAUCAAACAGCGCCAGAUGCAUCCACUACUUUCGAAUUUCCCACAAAACGACUUACUAUUGCAGAAAAUUCGGAAGAAAUCCAUCAGCUCAUAGUACGUGUUGAUGGUUGGGAUGAGAUAUCUCCAGUAAAUGUGGAUGCAGUAGGCACAUAUUUUCGACUUGCUAGAUGUUCAACUUCCAGAGUUGCAGACAGUAAUUUUGGUAUUAAUGUUCGUUUGGUGAUUGUUGUUACAAUGGAUAAAAAUGGUCGAAAAGUAGUGACUAUAAGAUCUGCACUAACAGUUAUCAACCAUCUUCUUGAUCCCAUUUUAUUGAUUCUUACCUGUGGAAGUUCGAAAGUUCCAGAAACAUCAAUCAUUCGAGUUGAUCCGAAGAAAACAUUGCAUGUACCACUCAAAUUCGCGAGUGCUUCAAUGGCUGUCAAACCAGAUGGUUGGAAUUGUUCGAAGACUCAUGAAGUCAAAUGGCAAGAAGCAAAGAGUGCAGGGGAAAGAAUCAAUAAAUUGUUAAAAUUUGAUAUAUUUGAUACAUGCUAUUGGAUGUGCUUAUCUAUAAAACGAGAACAUUAUCCGGAAUACGAAAUGCUGUCUGGGCAUACAAUAAGCUUCUCACCUCCCCUUUCGGUCCUCAACUUAUUACCAGUUGAUGCAGAAUUUCGUAUUUUUAAUACAAAAUAUGCUGUUUCCGCCAGCAAACAAGUACAAAUUACAUCUGUUAAUACCGCCGAAAAUAUCAGUUUUGAGGUCGUCACCGAUCGAUUUGUCUCAGUGCGCGAAGUUACAGUCACGAAAUCUUCACUAACCCAAAAAGCCGGUGAUGUAGAUCGCUUACAUCUACGCAUGAAAGAUUCGAAAAAACGAUACCUAGACAUGUACUGUAGUCUAAGUAUUGGUAGUAGUGGAUCUGUUUUGCUGGCCUUGUGGGUACCAUACUGGAUCGUUAAUAAGUCCGGUAUUCCACUAAUUAUUAAACAGGAAGCAACAAAUGGUAUAGCUGCUGGACAAAUGGAAGAACAUGAAAGUGCAAAGGAUCGAAAUCCAUUGAUGUUUUCAUUUGCUAACGACAACUGUCCACGACAAUGUACUAUAAGGGUCGGCCAAAAUCAUACCAGUGAUCAGAGUUACAAACCAUUGUUUGGACCCAAGUUUCCACUAACAGUUGGACUACACUCCAUGAAAUUACGGCUAGUUCAUGACCAACAUCCAACACAGAUAUACAAUAUUGGUGUAGAAGUACGACAGGGAACUGGUAGGUACAAAGAUACCCAAGUUGUUAUGCUUACCCCACGUUACGUGCUCAGUAAUCAAACUUCUUUCGGACUUUCGCUAAGCCACAUCGAUCGUAUCGAUCAACCCAAUGAGCAUGUAAAAGUGGCUAGCAAGUGCAGCCUAAUUUGGAAUGAAAAUUUUGAAGAUAAUCGAAUGAUAUGUGUAAAACGUGAUGAUGUCAAGUACUGGAGUUGUCCAUUUAGAAUCGAUCUCAUUAGCUCUUUUCAUGUUACUAUGAGAGAUGUAGAUGAAACUCCUCAGUUUCUGAGAGUUGAAGUGAUACUCAACAGUGCUAUAUUUUACGUUACUUUCACGGACGUUCGUUACUACCCUCCACCAAUUCAGCUAGAAAAUCUAUCCGACGUUCCUGUGUUAUAUCAGCAAAAAAUUGAAAGGCCUUGUUCUCAUUUGCGUACGAUUUGUAAAGCACGAAGUGCAGUAGAUUAUGCUUGGGACGAUCAUUACGCACCAAAAUUAUUGAUCCUUCAAGUGUUCGAGAACAAAUCGAAUUUUUACGAUCCACAAAAGCCAGGAAUGGGACCACCUUUAGUGUAUACUAACGAUGUUUUUAUCAAAUUUGCGCAUUCUUUCAACAGGAAACCGAAAGACGGCUUCACAGAUGAACUUGAAUUGGCUUUGGAGGUGCUGCAUAAAGGGAAAGUAAUACUUAAUAAACUAAAUCCCAGCGACAGUAGUCGUAAUCAGUUGUGGCGUUUUACACAAGAUGGUUGUCUUGAAAAUAUUGGAAUGAAUAAUCGCGCAAAAAUGGGAGAACGCUACGUGCUUGACGUUCUGGAUAAUGGUGGAUUUGUGUUAAUGAUGUUGAAACGAAAUUCGGCAAGGGACCGUUUUCAAAAAUGGCAAUUUACAUCGGAAAAGCAAUUACGUUGUAAAGUGGAAGGAAUGUUUGUUGAGGCACGCAAAACAGAAGUUGUACUUGCUAUCCCAAAUAAGAAAUCUAUAUUGAAUAAGAAAGGAAUUCCACUUGAGCAGAUAUGGGAGUUACAGUCGCAACUCCCAGGAAGUGGCAUUUUAGAUGUAGAAUGUUUUCACAGAGGACCUACUUUGGUAGUCCGCAUAACGGAUCGGCAGAAAUCAUGUCAGACACCUGCAAUGUACCGUUCUGGUCAGUUAUUUCAUUUACAACCACCAUCCAGCGGUUGUGAAACAAACUUUAACAAUGUGUGGAAUUUUGAAUUGAAUGUUUCGAUGCAAAAUGGUAUUGGCCUAUCUUUCAUCAAUGGAUUACACGAAGAACUGAUUUAUGCACGAUUUCAAGGAAUAGUACUACAUGUGAAUCGUCAAGGUCCGACAUAUCAGAUUACCGGUAGCGUUGAAGUGAUUCAGGCUGAUAAUCAACUGCUGACGACAGAUCGAUGGCAGGUUUUGUUCUGUCAACAAGAUAUGACAAGUACUGAUCCAAGUCUCCAAGAAUCACAUGUUUCGGUUCCUGCUUUGAAAUUAGAAAUGAAUUGGACACCACUGGAACACUAUGAUGCAUUUGACUGUUUUCGGUUGAAAAUGUGUGAUUUGUCCGUACAACUCGAUGAAACACUAUUAUGGAAAAUUGUUCAGUUUGUGCAAAAAACGGAAGCAGCUGAAAGUAUGAAGCCUAAUGCAUUAUUGCAGCCACCCAACACGGAACUUGAUAAAUUAGAUCGGGUACAAGCGCGUAGAUGUUAUUUUGGAACAUUUGAUUUGGAAAUUGGUGCUGUGGCGCUUUCAGUUGUAACAGUUGGCAUAAGUGGCCUUCCACCUGAUUUGCGAAAACUAAAGCGGCAAUUCAAUGUGAAAUUGGUCAGUUUUGAGAAUGCAAUGAUUUCUCUUCCUCCAUUUCGACAGUUUCGAUAUUUUGAAACGUUUUCGUUUCUGAUUGAAACACUCAACAAAUUUUAUCUUGAAGAGUUAAAAAAUCAGACCUUCAAUAUCGUAGUGACAAUGGAUGCUUUCGGUAAUCCGUUGGGUCUUGCUUCUGAUUUAAAGGAAAGUUUUGAAGGACUAUUGUUCGAAGGCAAUUUGGGUGGUUUUGUUAGCGGCUUAGGAUAUUGUUUCACUAACAGUCUAUCAAAGGUAGCGUCAUCGAUGGCUACUGGUGUCGGUGCGUUAACGUUUGACGAACGGCAUGAAAUGAUGAGGCGACGAAUGUUACGUUGCCAGCCGCAGGCGGACAGUAAUACUGCUCUUGCUCAUCUUUAUUGUGGUGUGAAGGGUUUGGGUGUUGGUGUUUUGGGCGGCUUAACUGCUAUUUUGACUAAUACAUAUAACGAAAGCCGUAAAGGCGGGCUUACUGGUGCUGUGCGUGGAAUUACAACUGGUGCUGUGGACACUGUAACGAAGCCUGUACAAGGAAUUUUUGAUUUGGUCGAAGGAACAGCUUCAGCUGUUAAAGAAAUAGUUGGCGGUCCAUCAACGAGGAAGUCACACUUUCCGCUACAUCGGGUCCGAUUACCACGGGUUACAAUGAAUUUACAGUCGCUUUUGCCGUGCUAUUCCGAACGGCUUGCAUAUGCUCAGUUAGAGCUUUUGAGAAUUAGUGGAUUCGCUACGAAUGAAAUGCUGCUUGAUGUAGAAAUGUUAUUGGAUCAAGCAACAACCAAAAACCGAGUAAAACAGUAUGCUUUGAUUUGUUCCGAGCAGUGUUAUAUUGUCCGACAAAUUGAUUUAGAGCCCAGCAGUGUGGUGCAGAGAAUACCUUACAAACAGCUUAAAUUAAUUCAGGCAGUUCCUGUCAGUGAAAAAAAUAGCUUCUUUGGAACCAUAGAAGUAGUGUUAGAGAUUUCAUCUGGGCGAAGACAGCGUUUACCCCACAUAUGGUGUAAUCGUUUCGAAGUAGCGAAAAGACUAUGUGAAAAGGUAGGUCGAGCUAAGCAACUGUAUGAUCAUGGAAAAAGAACAUUAAAUACUGUAGAUGAUUUUGAUAUUCUUUGA